AUUUCUUCCUCAACGUAAUUUUUCCUUUCAUCCACAUUUCUACAUUUUCCCCUCUUUGGAGAAAUCAAAAGAGGGGAACCCAUGAUUCCUCCUCCAUCUUCCUUUCUCUUCCAGUUCCUCCUCCUCUUUCCUCUCAUACUCUCCCAUUCCGAUUCCGAUUCCGGUCACCCCGUGCUCCCGCGCCCGCUGAUCGUGGAGUACCCGGAGUUCGACGCGGUGCUGCGGUGCGGCGCGUGGCGCGUGGCGGGGGAGGCGAACAACCUAGGCGCGUGGGCGAUAAUUCCCGAGGAAUGCGCGGAGUACGUGAAGGACUAUAUGAGCGGGAAAGGCUACGCGCUUGACCUGGAAAUGGUCUCCAAAGAGGCGGAGGAGUACGCGAGGACUGUGCCACUCGGCUACGACGGGAAGGACGCGUGGGUUUUCGACAUCGACGAGACUCUCCUCUCCAAUCUCCCCUAUUAUGCCGCACAUGGAUAUGGGCUUGAGGUCUUUGACCACGAGAAGUUUAACGAUUGGGUGGAAAAGGGUGUAGCUACAGCCAUUGAACCCAGUUUAAAGCUCUAUGAAGAUGUUUUGAAUCUGGGAUUCAAGGUUAUUUUACUGACUGGACGUAAUGAAAGGCACAGGAGUGUCACUGUUGAUAAUUUGAUCAAUGCUGGGUUUAAGGACUGGGACCAGCUCAUAUUAAGAACCUCAGAUGAUCAAGGGAAACCAGCUGUGCUCUACAAAUCAGAGAAGAGAGGUGAGAUGGAGAAAGAUGGAUACAGGAUUCUUGGAAAUUCUGGUGACCAGUGGAGCGAUUUAUUAGGUUCUUCAAUAUCUGUUCGGUCCUUCAAGCUUCCAAAUCCCGUGUAUUACAUUCCUUAGUAAUGCCCCAUUCAUUUGCAUAUAAUUGUUGUUUGAAUUGUACAUAAGGGUAGUGGCUCAAUUCAUAUACUGAAUAUCAUAUUGCCAAUGAUUCAUAAACUGAAUAUCACUGAAAUUCUAAUACAUACUGACUAAUUAAACUUGUGUUAAAACUUAUGUAACAUUUGCCAGUUGUUAA